AUGCGGGCCGAAGCGGCCAUCCUGGCCAUCCACUUGGUCCGAAGCUUCGUCCCCCUCCAGCUCGACUCAGCCUGGCUUGGCUGGCUCGACUCAUGGCGUCCAGGCGUGCCUGAUGCAAACAUCAUAGGCGAACUUGAGCGUACAAGCUUCCACUUGGAAGCUCGCUCCACCAAGCCUUCCGAGAUCGUCAGUGCCGAAUGCAACCCGCUCGAGGCCACAAGAAACGCCAUACACGACGAGGACGACGUCGGUCCGGAGGCUCGGGAGCCAGAGGCAAAAGACGCCGACGAGCCGUACCGCCGAACACAAACACACUGCCGCUCGAGUGACUUGAAUCGUCUUGGUCUUGUUGCUACCGUCACCACAGCCGACGACUCGGAGGACUUCGACUGGGACACAUCCAGCGACAACGACGACGACGAUCAGCCCCGCAAAGGCGCCAAGGUCACGCGUGCAAAGCGAGGCAGAAAGGUGUACCUUGCCUGUCUCCGCCUCGCACGUCCCGUCCGCAUCUUCCUCGCCGCACUCCUCGGAACCGCAAUCUGCCUCGUCCCGUUCAUCGUCGUCACCUCCACCAACACGCAGUCGCCCGCUCGAGCCCAGGUCGUCGUCUGGAGCAUUUGGAUCGCCAUCAUCUGGGCCGCAGGCUGCGGCACCUUCCUCAUCGUAGAUUGGAUCCCCCCUGUCGCACUUCGCGUCGUCAUCGCCGUCUACGGAAAGGCGCCCGAGAUCGUAAAAACUUACAUCGAGGCUUUCAUGGCCACCAUCCUCUACUUCAAGCUCGUCCUUUGCAUCACCUGGGCCUGGAUCAGUCUCGGCGGCGUGCUGGCCAUUCAGUACUCCUCGGCCACCCGCCCCACCUACUUCCGCACCAUCUUCAUGGUCAUCCGCGCCCUCUUUGCCACCAGCAUCAUCUUGGUCGUCGAAAAGGUCGCCCUCCAGUUCAUUGCCAUCAACUUCCACAAGACCGCCGUAAAGGACCGCCUCGAACAGAACCAGAAGGCGCUCAAGGCCCUCGACAAGCUUCACGAGUCCAAGUACCUCCAGCAUCGCUCCGCUCGUCGAUUCAACAUGCGCAGCCGCCCCGCCUCGCCCGGCUACAAGCAGGCCUACGCCGGACACCACUCGGCCAAGCAGUCCCGCGACGGUCUCGGAGGCUACUUCCCGCCCGGGCAGCAGCCCGACGCAGGUGCACACUCGACGGAAAAGCAUCCCUCCGGCGGCCACCACCACCACAUGUCGCUCCACCACCAUCACGACGACUCGCACCCGCCCACCGAGCACGAGCUGCGCAAGCGCGAGCGCAAGGCCAAUUUCGCUUCCCAGAUUAGCGACGCCAUCGCCAUGGCCACGCUCAAGGACAGCAAGCUCUACAAGAGCAAUCAGCUCGGCUCGCAGCGCUCCGCCCGCAAGCUCGCCAAGCUCCUCUUCACCAACCUCUCGGACAACAAGUCGACGCUCGUCGCCGAAGACUUUGUGCCGUACUUCAAGUCCGAGGAGGAGGCGCGCGAGGCGUUUGCGCUCUUCGAUGCCGACCGCAACGGCGACAUCAGCAAGGAAGAGAUGCGCGAGGCCGUGCAGCGAAUCUACCGCGAGCGACGCUCGCUCUCCACCUCGCUCAAGGACAUGUCGUCGGCCAUCUCCAAGCUCGACGGCGUGCUCAUGUUCAUCGGCCUCAUCAUCGUCAUCUUCAUCUGGCUCCUCAUCUUCAACGGCGACUCGGCGGUUUCGAACAUCGUGCCGCUCUCCACCUUUGUCGUCGGAUUCUCCUUCAUCUUUGGCAACUCGGCCAAGAACAUCUUUGAGAGCAUGAUCUUCAUCUUUGCCACGCAUCCCUACGACGUUGGGGAUCUGGUGUGCAUCGAUGAAGAGUGGAUGUUUGUCAAGGAGUUCGGCCUGCUCUCCACCACCUUCCGCACCACGACGAACCAGGAGGUGGUGGCGCCCAAUGCCAUGCUCGCCACCAAGAAGUACAUCUACAACUCGCGUCGUAGUGGUGCACAGUGGGAGGUGACGCUGAUUCAGGUUUCCUUCGAUACGUCGCUCGAGACGAUUGAGCAGCUGCGCACCCAGCUGCGCGCAUGGACCAAGGAGAACGAUCGCGAGUUUGGCGGACCACUGGAUCUCAACUUCAACACGAUCACCCAGCAGAAUGCGGUUGAGCUCGUGGUUGCCUUUGAGCACAAGAGCAACUGGCAGGAUUGGGGCGCACGAUGGGAGCGCAGGACCAAGCUCAUGCGCCGCAUCAAGACGCUCUGCGAGGAGCUUCGCAUCGAGUACUCGCUUCCGCCCCAGCCCAUCUCGUUCCAACCGCGAUCGGGCGCUCCGCCUUUUGGUUUGCAGACCGGUCGCGGCCUCGGCCAGCAGUCGCAGCAGCCUGUCUCCCAGCCCCUGCAGCAGCAGCCGCAACAGCAGUCCUUCUUCUGA